AUGACUCUUCCAAAUACUCCUCCAACCUCGUAUGGAACUACUACUGGCUAUCCACAACAACCACAACAACCCGUGAUGAUGACAACUACUGGCUAUCAACAACAACAAACAGUCAUUGUUUCUCAACAAGUCCAACAACCCAUGAUGAUCAUUACUACCUCAGCGGCUAACACUCCUCUCUCUGUGGUUCAAUUCGCUAAUGGUCCACUCGUGGAAACACUCUCGGAAAGCCUCUAUUUGGAUGGUAAUUCUGGUUUUGCCUUACCAACACAACUCUCCCAUACGUUGAGUUUGUAUGGUGUUCAAAAUUCGGGAGCGUUGGUUGCUGAGAUGGAACAAGUAGUCUCUAAUUUGAAUGGAAUGUUGAGAGAACAUUAUACGGGAGCUUCAAAAUAUGAUAUCGGAUUUUGGGUCUCGUUUACAGUGAUCAUGAUUUUGACGGUUUUAACGAUGGGAUUGGCAGUGGGAAUACUCUUUAUCAUGUACAUUCCUCUUUACAAAAAGUCAAGAUACUUGUUGUCAAAUAUGAACCGUGUGGUGAGACCAAAGAUACAACAAUACUUGACAGAGUUCAAUAGAACAAAACUCAUUCCACUCGGAUUGGAAUUAGUUUUGAGCUUCAUUCCUGCUCCAUCUGCAUUUUCUGCUACUCAAACCAUGUGGAUCUAUUCUUCCACCUCUACUGAGAGAAUUGUGUUAAAGUUGAUUCGUGUCUCAAAACCUGUUCCAACUGCUGUCAUGCAAUAG